AUGCAGCUUAUCAGCCUUCUCUACGGGGAUGGAUUCCACAUCUUCAAGCCAGAUGUUCCUGCAGACCAUGAUGGGUACGACCUCGGAAUUCUCAUGAAGCAUCAUAGAUGCUUCGGGCCAUUCCCAGAAUCGUACGAAGAGAUCGCGGAUCAGCAACGACUGGCAGUCCUUGUUUGGGUCAUGCAGAACAGCCCUCCCGAGACACUGCGGCCAUUUCAUCUGACCACUACCAAAGAGAUUUGUCAGGAAGAUAAGCAUUUUGUGCUAAGAGCAAUGAAGCUGGAUCCUCGGGAUAGGCCGUCAGCAUGGCAGCUUUUGGAAGAUGGGUGGCUUCAGUCUUAA